ACUGCAGGGGAGGGAGACCACUCCGGAACCGGCUGGUCAGUCCAGUGUAGCCACACCAACUAUGCAGGUACAUCUCCGUGCGCAGCUAAGGGGAAACAUAGUGGACUCGUCAGCCAAGUAUGUAGCCAUGGGAAGGAGGAUUGGGGCAGACCGCAAAGGCAAGAGCCCCCUUGGGCACGGGAGCGAACCUUUUCGCAUGUUUUUCAGCACCGCGUCAGGCAAUGAACAUCUGUUCCAACACGCCACCCGCAAAGCAAGAGAGAAAUUUAGGAGGCGGGGUGUGCCUUCCCGCAUGUUUGUCACGAUUGCCGUUACGAUGGGGACUGUGGGGAGUGUUUCUUCCAGCCGGAAUGAGAGGCUCGCGUGGUUCACACGGCGACUUGAUGCCGACGUGCAAGAUUCAAAACAUGUGGGGUUGGCCACUUUAGACAUGUAUAUAUUCCCAAUAAUGCACAGGGGCCGCUACUAUGUAAUGAGCAUCAGUUUCAAACAUUCUAGCUUCAACAUCAUUGAUAGCUCACCGGCACGAACGGGUACGUAGGGAUUAGUCAUGAUGCUCACUGGAAGACUUUUGGAUUGUGUAUAUAAAACCUUUAUAUAAGCACACAAAUGGUGCAGUCCGUUAGUUUGUGAUCAUUAUCAGCGACAUUAAUUU